AAUGGAGUCCAUGUUCUUUUCUACUGUAAAAUAAUUAUUUAAAUUCGAUGAUAUAUCACAUAAAACUAUUUAUAUUUGUGUUUACUUGGAUUGCAGUGUGUGGUUUUAUUUGAUUUAUGGAAUAUAACAACGGGAAUGUGUCUUGUCAACCUUGUUCUGUCAGUGAACGAUGUUUUCUACAAUAUAACGAAUGUUGAUCAUAUUAACAAGUUUAUGACAACUAAAGAAACGGAAAUAUAAUUCUGUGUCGGUGUAUCUGAGUUAAUGGUUUGGAGAGAGCAUCAGUAUUGUGCCGUACCAGAUGAAACUAUGGCAUCAGAUCAACCCGUGAAAAAGAAGCAGCGGAUAGACGCUCCAGAUAUAGACGAUGGGAGCGAUAGGUCUUCGGAAGAGGUGCUCACAGACAUAUUCGACUCUGAAACUCCUGGUGAGACAUCAGAUGCAUUUCCAGCCAGAAAUGGCGAGUCACCUGACAGUGGUACUGUUAGUGAGGAUGCUGUGGACUGUUCAGCUAUUCUCAGCCUUCCAAACAACUCUAGUGUAGCCCUAAUACCAACCUGCUCAAAUCCCACACCUCUUUGGAGUUCAGGAGAUGAUAAAUUACUAUCUGAAUUACGAGUACUACAAGAUGCACUUGUAGGUCAGUGUUUGUGUCGGUUUGAUGAAAAUAUUGUUCUACAUCUAUUUGAUCGGCAGCUAAACAUAGUGUCAUGGCCAUUGACAUGUUCAUUAACAUAUCUAUCCACUAUGCAGCUUAUGUUUGAUAUUUAUUUAAAACAAAACAACACAGGCACCUUAUGUUCAAAAUUAAUGCAGGCUUGUGAUAUAUUUGUUAGAAACAGGCAUGACUGGAUUACAGAGGUCAUAGAUUUGGCUGAUCAUCAUAGUAGAUUUGUGACUUUUGUGGCAAGUAGGGUACUAGCGAGCUUUCUUAUUGUUUCUAAAGAUACUGUAGAUGAGAACUGGUUACAUCAGAUUGCUGAAAAUAUAUAUUCAUUUGAAAGUAUAAAUAGAAUAACAGUACAAAAAAUUAACUUCAGUUUAGACAUAAUAAAGAGGAUAGUUGAGUGGAAGGAUGUUGAGCAACAUCCUCUGGAAGAUAGCAAUUAUAUAAACACAGCUGGAAAUAUGCAUGUUCAAGAAGAUAACCCAUUCAGAAGUAGUGUUGGCUAUGGUAAUAGUAGCAGUAUAGAAAUUCCUUCAUCAAGUUCUCAAAGCAAUAACUUGCAUAAUGCAUUCUCCAAUUUACAAACUCAUGGUGCAUCAUCUACUGGAGAGAGACCAGCAGAAGAUAAAUCAACAACAUUCAGGCUUCAUGAGCCUGUAUUAAAAUUUCCAAUGGACCAACCUGUAGAUGAUAUUGAGCAGCCUGGCUCUCCUGAACGUCCACCAUCAAGGAUAGAACGAGUGAAUGAGCAUGGUUGUGUAACAAUUCUACUGAGGGACUCGGAAUCCUUUGACACAUCUCAUAUAAAGUGCUUAACAAUCAAAACAUUGGAGCACAACUGGCCAGACUUGGUGAAGAACAUGAAACUCCUCCUACAUACGUACCUGAACUUAGCUAAUGUUGAAAACUGUGUUCUCACAUUCUUUUCAUUAUGGGAGAACAUUAUAAGUGUGAAAGCAAAUCUGUCAGUGAUUGACACUAAACCAUUUUAUGAAGAUCUGCAGAGUUUUGUAGACUUACUCAGAAAUACAACCUUACCUACUCUCAUUUACACUCAAUUGUUGAGUUUAUUCAAUGAAGUGCUCUGCUAUGGGUCAACAUUGGCAUUGCAAGAUAUUUUGCCUGAAGAGAUUUGCUGUCUUGCACACUCUAUAGUUAGAUUUGUGAAAGACUAUAGAUUGUUAAGUGAAGUAAGAAUACAGAACAGUCGCAGUGGUUUCGGAUUUUUAGGUCAUGAAUGUAAAGUAAUAAGAGAUUAUUCACUUGGACCAGAUGUGGUGUCUUUGUCAUCUUCAAUACAGUUAGUAGACCAGACUUAUGGAGAGGAUGACAAUGAUGAUUCACCACAAAUCAGGAAUGAAGUAGACAAAACAAUGCUGCAAAGAAUGUCUCUAUUAGUUCUCAAAUCAAUAGCAGUCACAGUGAAAGAGAUGCGAUGUGAUUCAUCUGAUAGUUCAAUAGAUUCAUCAGAUUAUAAUGCAAUACAGGACAUGCAGAUUGUGGAGAGAUCAAUACGUGAUGUAUUGAGGAAACUUGAUGUUUUCAUCAGAAAUAGCUUGGAGUUCCAUCCUGAGACUCCAUUUACUAAGAUGUUGAUACAUUUAUUUAGCGAACAAGAUGAUUACCUCAUCGAAUCAAUGGUGUGCACAUUGGAUAUCACUGUGGGUAUUGUUUACAGGAAUUCCAUGUACCCAGACUUGAUACCAAUGUUGAAUCCCAUAUCAUCAUUUAUAGAGUUCUUAAAAGUGGUAUCACAUGAUAGUGAUGUUUUAUUGGAUUACUUGGUAAGUAAUGAGACCUGUUUCUUGCUGUACUUGCUCAGAUUUUUGAAGCAUGUGAGAAGGAACUGGCCUAAGUUUUUGGAGACAUGUCAGCAGGAGGAUUACGGGGGUACGAGGGGACUGGAGGAAACAAUGAGUGUUCUAAUACGAUUACGUCUCCAAAUAAGUAGACUUGUCUCUAAAUCAUUAUUCCCAUACAACAUAAGCCCAGUACUCAGGUUGUUGGAUGUGUGUGAGAGUUUGUAUGAAGGUAAUGAAUUCAGUUGAGUUUUAAAAACCUCUGUUUUCCUUGUAUCAUACUAUGCAUGCCAUAUUGUUCAGAAUUUUUAUGAACAAGUGCAAAAAAUUAAUUUCUUUACUAAUAAUAUGCUAAAUAACUUUUUAUCAGGUAUGUAUAAAAUAUUGUAUAAUUGAUUUAGGUUCAUACACAAUUUUCAUACCACAAAGACUGCCAAUCCUUAAUUUACAUUCCAAAUUAUCUAUAUUGAUUAUUAUAAUUAUUAAUAAGUAAUUAAUUUAUAUUAAUUGUAGGAUAUUAUGAUAAUUUAAAUAAUAACACUGUAAUUAUAUGACAUUUAAAUAAUUUGUUAUAUUGUCUUCCUUUAAUGAUAAUGGUAACUUUAUAUAUUAUACAAUACAUUUGUUUAGUAAUGCACAGAGCCACUACAAAUGUAAUAAAAUAAAAAAUAAAUGCAUUAUUUUAAGAAGUUAUUUUGCUUAUCUAUGGUCUAUGCACUCUUAUAUCUUCUAUGAUACACACAAAGACCUACCUUCUUAAAAUAAGACAUGAAAUUUUUUAUACAGUGAAUAUGAUUGAUAUGCCUGUUAGAAGGACAUUUAAAAUUAUAUAUUUAAGUUAAAGAGGGACCAAUAUAUCUUUACAUAGUAUAAAAUGAAGUUGCUUCCGUUUUGUUCUUUUGAAUUACGCUAUGGAUUUUAAUGCAGUUUUCAGCAAUAGAUAAUGAUUCAAGAGGUAGGUUGAUGUAUAACACAUAUACACCCGUGCAAAAACGUGUAGCUAGUACAAUAUAAAAUCCGGUAGUUGUCUGUAUGACAAUUGUAGCAUAAUAAUUUAAAUAAAAUUUCAACAAAUAGACUAUGAAAUAAGGAUUAUAUGUCUAAUAAAGGCAAAGAGUAAUAUAAUAUAUGUAUAUAUGAAAACAUGUCUAGCAGUACCUAUACAUCUAUGGCUCAGUACAUUACUAUGCAUAAAGUGAAAUAAAACUUCAAAAUAGUGCCUUAUGAUUUACAAAGGUGCUUAUUGAAAAAUGUGCAUUAUUGCAACUAUUUAUAAAGACUAAAAUUAGUCGCCAUUUGCAUUAAAUAUAAUAUAUCGAACAUGUAGGUGUACUUAAUAAUUAAAUAGUAAUUAAGUUAGAAUUUAUUUAUUAUAAAGCGUCCGUUGUAUUAUAAUGUAUAAUUAGUGUUGUGUUGAUAUAAUGCGGGUCUAAACGUCUUAAACUAUGUUUCAUGCCUCAAUGUAAAUAUCGCCAUCAAUUACCAUACUACAAGUAAGUAAUGUAAUCAGUAUUAAUACAAUAUCCUAAUUUAUAUGGAGAUCUAAUUAUAAUCAUAUCUCUUGGCAAACUUAUAGAGGUCCAUGCUUUAAGAAAUUACACAAAAAAUUACUUCCCACAACGACCGUAGUUACAAAUACCUCCUACAAAUUUAAUGACUACUCGUCCUUGUCACAUUUGUCACAUUCCCCCUCCCUAGUGUGACGUCACCUAUUUUAAUUUUACAUCAGAAAACAUUUAAAUUAACAACAUAGUUUGAAAUGUGACAGCAUAAAAUUUGGGUCUUCCCAUCCCUUGUCACAUUUGAAAUAGUUUAAUCUGUUUCAUCUAAUUAUAUCCAGAUUAGAGAAGAGGUAAUAACAUCGUGCCUAUUAAUGAAAUAAUAGAAUUAGUAUGACAGCCUUUCAACUGUUAGCUUUACAAAUAACACGCUCCAUCUAUGGGACCAAUACUUCUCACAGAUGGCGCUAUAGUGUCCGAAUCCAAUAGCUGGUUCCAUUGCAGAUGGGAGUAUAAAAAAUAAAUACAAUAAGAUUUCAAUAAGUUUGCCAAGACAACUAAUACAUUUCAGUUACGGAAUCUAUUUGCGAUGUAAGUUAGCUUUAAGUUAGCGAAUCGCGACAGACUGUUAGGUAUUUUACGAUUAGAUAUCCGUUGUUGUUUAUUAGAACCGAUUCGGUCAUGUUUAUAGCAAAGUGGGUAUUAAGAGAUGAGUCAACCGAACCAGUAGUACGAGGAUCAUAUUUUUUGAGGUCACUUCGCGCUUUUGUUUUUGAUUCAGAGAGGAAACCGUAUUCCCCGUCUCUUUCUAAUAGACAGUACUUACGACGAGCUGAGACUAUAGGUUGUAUCUAUCAAGAAGGACGGCCUUCAGUCGCUCUGGUCCUACGUCGAGUUUGGAGUGGCUUCUGCAGUUGCCCCUAUUUUUGACCGGUUAAGCUUUAAAGACCAACUGCAGUUGACCUUUACAUCUUCAACAUAGGAAUGCAUGUAUUAAAAUGGUUCGAAAAAAAGAAUUAAGCGUAUGAAUAACCUAUCAAGAAUUGACACUUGAUUGCCUGCAACACUGGUCAUCCUCAACCGCCGUUAUGUUCUUGGAAAAACCACUUUACUAAAAACAUGACCAAUGUACAUUAGUUAUAAGCUGUUAAUAUCACAUUGCGACGUUAUCUUGAAUCUCAAUCCG